UUACGUCGGUGACGCCUAGGAGCGCGCAGACGUGUGUUUUCCGAGAGUGCGCAGUGGGUGCGUCGGCGACGACCCUACGGCCUUUUGAGGGAGGGUCGACGCUGAGAUGGGGGCGGCGGCAGCCGAAGCGGAUCGGACUCUCUUUGUCGGCAACCUUGAAACUAAAGUGACGGAGGAACUCCUUUUCGAGCUUUUCCACCAGGCUGGGCCAGUAAUAAAAGUGAAAAUUCCAAAAGAUAAGGAUGGUAAACCAAAGCAGUUUGCAUUUGUGAAUUUCAAACAUGAAGUAUCUGUUCCUUAUGCAAUGAAUCUACUUAAUGGAAUCAAACUUUUUGGAAGGCCUAUCAAAAUUCAGUUUAGAUCAGGAAGUAGCCAUGCCUCACAGGAUGUUAGUUUGUCAUAUCCCCAGCAUCAUGUUGGAAAUUCAAGCCCUACCUCUACAUCUCCUAGCAGGUAUGAAAGGACUGUGGAUAAUGUGACUUCAUCAGCACAGAUAAUUCAGAGAUCUUUUUCUUCUCCAGAAAAUUUUCAGAGACAAGCAGUGAUGAACAAUGUUUUGAGGCAGAUGUCAUAUGGUGGGAAGUAUGGUUCUCCUCAUCUCGACCAAUCAGGAUAUUCCCCAUCGGUUCAGUCACAUAAUCAUACUUUUAACCAGUCUUCAAGCUCCCAGUGGCGCCAAGAUACACCAUCACAGCGCAAAGUCAGACAGAAUUCUUAUCCCUACGUAGCAGAUAGACAUUAUAGCCGUGAACAGCGUUACACUGAUCACGGGUCGGACCAUCAUUAUAGAGGAAGCAGAGAAGAUUUCUAUGAAGAUAGGAAUCAUGAUGGCUGGAGCCAUGACUAUGAUAACAGAAGAGACAGUAGUAGAGCUGGAAAAUGGCACUCAGCUCGACACUAAAAAGUGUUCAAAGGACAUCGUUUUUAUGGGGUCAUUCCAGGCCGUUUUGGCUAAGUUGGUCUGGGAAUGUUGUGUUAAAACUGUGGAGCAACUUUACAAGUUGACACAUUUCUUUAUAAAAUUUUUAAAACCUAUAGCUACAGUCUAAUACAGAAAUGAGAAUUGUGGUUCUAGUUUUUACAUGAAUAACCUUUCACCUCAGGGUUUUAUGGAGAGGAAAGGGUUUUAUACAUAAAGUGCUAUAAUUCUUAAUUGUUUUAGGCAGUUAAGGAAGGGAUGUAUUAUAUGGAUUGGUUGUAUUAUAAAACAAAUAUUUUCGUUAUCUGUUAUCUUUUUGUAUUGCAAGAACCUGCUUGUUAGUAAAUCAGAUUUUGGUGUAUAUAAGAAAAUAUUCAGGUUGAUAGUCUGAAGUGACUAUCAGUAUUUUGUUAAUAAAUUAGAAGAUGUAAUUUUAGUGAUUUAACAUUUUAUUCGAGAAAGUUUAUUGGUAAAGUUUGGGGAUGAAUCAUAUUAACUUCUUAGGGAACUUAAGUGUAAGUUCUGUGACAUGCUCUUUCAAAUUUUACCCUAAUUGGGCAGACAAGUAUAAAUCUGCACAUGCUUUUUCAUUCUAAAAUUUUAGCAUUUUCUCAUUAAAUCAUGUUUGGUGUAUGACUGAAGUCACUCAGGAAAUUAAGUAUCUCUAAUACAGUGUUAGUGUAAAUCUUUUUUAGGAAGAAUAAAAAUGUAAAUGCAGUCAGAUAAAAUGGUAAAAUGUUUUAUUGAAAGUAUACUUAUUUGGGAAAAGGUUCACAGAACUUUGAAGUGCUGCCUCUAUCACUCAGACUUUAAAAUUUGACCAUUUUCAAAGUGCCCAGGGCGUUUGUAGAAGGACACAUUUUAUUUUUUGUGUGAACCUUUGAAAGAGUUUAGUCUUAAACACUUUCUGAUUUAAAAAAUUUUAAAUCUUGUUAACAAAACUUUUAUGUAUUGAGAUAUUGUCUCCCUUUCCUUGUAGAACUUGUUUAUAAUUCAUUCCUUGAAAUAUUUGGAUCUUUUUAAAUAUUAACUUACAGCAUUUGUAUUAUGAUACUUUUUAAUAUAUUGAAAACAAAAAAGAGGGAUGUGUCUAAUUUUUUGAUGUCACCUUAGAGACACUGUACACAAAAAGUUAGCAACAUACUUUUUUAUUCAGUAAUUGCCUAGCGUUAAUGUCAGUUCUUUAGAGCAUCUUGAAAUAUACUGUUUCUACAUGUUGAACUAAAUAUUUUAGAAUCAGACUUUCAGUGACACAGAUUAUAUUCCAAGCACUGUAAACUAAUUUAAUCUCCCUGGUCAAUAGCAGUUUAUGUACAUUCAGGUUUUCUCUGUUUCUAAUGAAUGCCAUUUUUUCAUGUGUGUCUAGGUAAAUGGAUCUGGCCAACUACUCAGCAUAGAGAGCAUUAAGAUCUAAAGUUUGCUUAAGCAGUUUAAUAGAAGGAUUUGUUUCUAGUGAGCCUGGUAUUUUCAGGUGUCUUAUGAAAAUUAUUCAGUAGCAAGUGUAGAUAAUAACAAAGGUCAGUACUGCUUCAUUGCCGUUUAUCUGUGGGUCAGAUCCUACUGAUUCACAGGUGAUCCUGGUUCAGAAUAAUCUUUUUCUUUUUUUAAUGGCUUUUGGGGCACCCCUGUGAGGUUCCAAUCAAUCUUUCACUUUCAUCUCACUUAUUAACUAAACUAAACGUACUGUGUAUAGGAGUAGAGCAAGACAGCCUCAAAUAAUUGAAUAUAGUUAGAGAAUUCACCUAGAUAUUAAUAGCUACAGGAGUAGAACAGAGGAGAUUGUGGGAGGGUAGUUCCCCAGAGUAUGUUCAUGAAAUGGUACGCUCACAUGAUGUUCUGCAAAGUAAGGGUUCUGUAAUUGAAUGUUUGGUAAACAUGUACUAACCCUGAUGUUCUGAGACUGACAACACCAUAAAACUGCUGACAAGUACGACAGUAAAGAAAUUGUUUAUACUUAA